AAUACACCAUUUAUUACUGUGAAGCAUACCAGCCCAAACCAAGUUGCAAUUAGGGCCAUGGCUGUCAGUAUGCAUAUUUAUGCCAUGUUGGUAUGAUAAAAACACUUACUAUGUAAUCCAGAUACAGCAUCAAGACAUACCUUGUAAAUUCAGAACGCCGCCAAAGCGACACUGAAUCGUCGGAACCACAGAAGGCUGAGUUGCACCGUUGCCGCGUACGCGCCCAUGGGCAUUGGGUGCGAUGCCUAGUAACGUUUGGCAAACUACAUAAUGGAGGCAAGGGCUGCACCAUCGUUUAUGGACGCGGGCCCGUCCGGUCGACCACCCCCCGUGUGGCCUAGCCCACGCAGAGCGUGGCAGGCCAUUGCGGCUGCAGCGGUCGUCGACAGAGGGGAGGUGUUGCAGUAGUGACUUGUGGCAGUGGCGCCCCGGCGCAUGCCGCUAGCGGCAUGCCAGACAGAAGCGGUCUCAUCGGCAGCAUCCCUGUACGCGCCUGGGCAUUAUCACCGGCCAGGCCACCAUUUCACGUGUCAACGCGGCCUGGAGUGGCGGCAGCGUCAGCACCAGGACGGGGACAGGUCGGCGGCGAGCACAGCACGUCACCGUCCUGGCAUGCAGCCGCAGCGGCGCACUCUCCUGCCUGCCCCCAGUCUCAGGACGAAACAGCCACAGCACACGCAGUGGCAGAUGGUGAGCUGCAUGUCGACCGGCGGCGCGACGUGCAUUCCCCCUCACACCUGCGGCAGUGGACCAGCUCCUUGGGCCCUGCCGGCAACACCACAUGUGCGGACACCGGUCGCAGCGUUGCCAGCACAGCCGACGGCGGAGCCGCUGCGCACCCAGCUGACAGCAACUCAGACGGGACAGCUUCUGGCUACAUAGAGGUAGACCUUGGUGAGGGCGUCGUGCUCCGCCUGCCCGUGGCCGGCCCGGCGCCGCGCGACGGCGCCGCCACAGCAACAGCGGCACGGGAUGCAGUUGCGGCGGCGGCGGCGGCGUCACGGGCUCGGUUAGGAGCAGCCAUGGAGCUGACGCGGCAGAUCCGCUGGGCGGCCAGCUGGCGACAGGUGCGGGAGCUGCUGGCGGCGGCGGCGCCGGGGUCCCUGGAUGAGGUGCACCUGUCCACUGCCGCCACCCGCCUGAGGGCGGUGGCGCCGCCGGGGCAGGCCUCGGCCUCCGGCGGCUCGGCAGCACCCUCUUCGGCAGUAGCAGUGGAGGAUGACCCGGGGAGGGGACCAGGGGCGGCCAGGUCCCAGCGGCCGAGCGGCGGUGGUGGUCGGGGUGCGCGCAGUGGCGGCGUCGGCGGCGGCGCGAGCGGCAGUCGUGCUGCGAAGCGCGAGCGUGCCGCGUUCCGGACAUUUGUGGCGGGAGUGACGGAGCUGUGCGGGCACCACCUGCCUCUCAUGUCCGCGGCGCCGCUCACGGGAGUGCUGUACGCGCUGGCCAUGCUCAAGUGCCCGCCGCCAGCGCCCUGGAUGGAGGCUUGGCUGGCGGCGGCGGCGGCGCGGAUGGCGGCGCAAAUGGAGCUUGUUGCGGGCGCGACGGCGGCGGGCACGGGGGAAGGGCUGGCGGCGCCCGGGACCUCGAGCCAGGCCGGCACAGUGAGCGGCGGCCGCGCGGGCGGCGACAGGCGCGGGGCGGGCUUUGGGCCGCAGGAGCUGUCCAACUGCAUGUACGCGUUGGGUCAGCUGGGCUUUGACCCUGGCAACGACUGGAUGCAGCGCUACUGCGCCGCCGCCGGCCCGCUCCUGCUGCCCCCUGCGGGCACAGCGCCGCCGCCGCCGCCGCCGCCGUUACCAAUGGCUGCGACAUCGAGUCACGGCACCAGCACCAGCCGCAGCGCGUUCACGGCGCAGGGGCUGAGCCAGAUGGCCUGGGGCUUUGCGCGGCUGGGGUUUGUGCCGGAGCCCGCCUUCCUGGCAUCGCUGCUGGCGGCGGUGCGGCGUGCGCUGCCGGACUUCACCGCGCAGGGCCUCGCCAACACCCUGUGGGCCGCCGCCUCCCUCGGCCUGGCGCCGCCGCCGUCCUGGGUGGCGGCGGCGGCGGCCGCCGCGCUGCGGCUGCUGCCCAGCUGCUCGGCCUACGACCUGUCGGUGGUGCUGUGGGCGCUGCUGCGCCUGGGCCACACGCCCGGGCCCGACUGGGUGAGCGCCUACCUGGCGGCCAGCUACCGGCAGCUGCCGUCCGCCUCGCCGGAGCAGGCGGCGCGCAUGCUGUGGUGCUGCGCGGCGGUGGGUCUGCCGCCGCCUGGCGACUGGGUGCGGCGCUGGCUGGGCUGCAGCUACGUGAAGCUGCUGGAGGCGGAGCCGGCGGCGCUGACCACCAUGGCCUACGCGCUGGCGGCGCUGGGCAUCCGGCCCACCGACCGCUGGUCCGACAUGCUGCUGGUGGCGGCGUGGGAGGCGCCGCUACGGGCCUUCCCGCCGCCCGACCUGGCGCUGCUCAUGUGGGGCCUGGCGCACUGCCGCGUGGUGCCGGAGCCGGCGUGGAUGGACGAGUGGUGGGCGGUGUCGUACAAGCGGUUGCGGUCCUUCACCCCGCGACACCUGUCGCUGCUGCUGUGGUCGUGCGUCACCAUUGGCCAGGCGCCCAGUCGGCAGUGGCUGGCGGGGUACGAGGUCGUGACGCUGCCCGCCAUGCCGUACAUGACGGCCCAGGGCCUCUCACUGCUGUCGUACACGUACGGCUGCCUGGAGCGCCGCCCGCCACGUGUCUGGCUGGCGGCGCUGUACGGCGCGGCGGCGGGCGUGCCCGUGGAGCCCGUGGCCCCCAGCCCGCAGCUGGUGCUGGCGGAGGCGGAAGUGGAGGCGGAGGCGGGGCACAAGGCGGAGGCGGGACACAAGGCGGAGGCGGAGGGUUGCAGUGGCAGUGCCAAUGUUGACAGUGUGGCAGCAGCCGGCAGCAGCAGCAGUAGCAGCAGCAGUAGCAGCAGCAGCAGCAGCUAUGAGGGCCUGUCCCGCUUCACCGCCCUGGGCCUGGAGCGGCUGCUGUGGGGCAUUGCCAAGAUGGAGCCGCCUGCGGGCAGCCUGCCGGACGACGUGCUGCCGGGCUGGACAGACGCCUUCCUGGCGGCCGCAGCAGCCCGCCUGCUGCCCGCGCACACCGGCAGCAGCGGCAGCGGCAGUAGCAGCGGCAGCAGCAGCAGCGGCAGUAGCAGCGGCAGCAGUAGCGGUAGUGGUGAAAGUGAGUCAGGGACAGGCGCAGUGGCCACAACGGCUGGGGAGGGCGCGCGGAGACGUGGCACGUCGGCUGCAGCAGUGGCGGCGGCAGGGCCAGUAGCGGCAGCGAUGGCAGUAAUACCACCCGGGGGAGCAGCUGCUGACAUGGAGGAUGACUUCCCCACGCACUUAGCGGGCGCCGGGGCAGCGGGCAUGGGCGAGGUGGGUCUGGGGGUUGAGGAGGCGGACGGCACGUACGGCAACGUGGCAAACACGCUGUACGCACUGGCGCUGCUGCGCGUGCGGCCCGAGGCGGCGUGGCUGCUGCCUGUGAUGGACCGAGUGGAGGCUCUGCUGCCGGACUUUGGGCACACCACACUGGUCAAGGUGGCGUGGGCGCUGCCCCGGCUCACCAGCGGCCCGCCCACACACCGCCCCUUCACCGGCUGUACCGCGCCGGCGCCGGCUCAGGCCGCAACACCGCAGCCAGCAGCGGCCUCUGUGCCGCCGCACAACGAUGCUCGGGAGGCUGGGUUGCCCUCUGACGUCGGGCCUGAUGCGAGCGAGCAGCGGCGCCUGCGGGAGCGACUGGUCUCGCUGCAGCGGCUGGUGGCGACCCGCAUGCGGCGGACCAUUGGCGGCCGCCGGGCCGCAGGAGCAGUAGCAGUGGCAUCGGGUGGCGACGCAGAUUCGGCUUCCGAUGCUGAGGCGGCUGACUGGGAUGAGAGUCUGGAGGAGCCGGGCGCAGGGGUGGCGGUGUUUGGUGUGGCUGGAGACGUGGCCGGAAGCGGCAGUGCCACGGACAGCGACGGAGGUGACGGGGCGCAGGCCGGUGUCGCCCGCGCGCCCAGGCGGCACGUGCGGCGGCGAGCUGUGCAGGAUUAGCUUGGGAGGAGUUCGGGCUGGAGCGCAUUUGGGCAGUAAGGCGCUCUUAUGCAAGUCAAGGCAAGCGUCGUGCCCCGUGUGUUAAGCAGGUGUGCUCACGUAGCUAGCUACUGUGUCCUUUGAAGAGCUCAGU